CAACAUUAAAGUGAAACAUGGCGCAUUUACCUGUGAUUUUUAUUCCCGUUUGCUUCCUGUUAUUAGUGGCGUGGCCGAGCUUCACUGCCGCGACAACUUUGGAGGAAUUGCAGCUGCAACUGAAUCAAUUAAGCCAAAACUAUAAAAUUCUGGAAGAAAAAGUUGCGAAACUGGAAAUUGCCCUGCACGUAGCGAAGGAAUCGGCAGGAAAAAGUUCAAUUUCCCGGACUUGCAGAGAGACCCGAUUAGCCGAUCCAUCGCUAAGCUCCGGAAUGUACUGGAUCGAUCCUGAUGGUCAGGGAGUGGGAGACGAUCCGAUUUACGUCUUUUGCAACAUGACAACAGGAUCGACUGCUGUUCCGCACGACAGCGAAUCACCAACGGAUGUGGGCCACUGCGCAGAUCCGGGAUGUUAUUCCAAGGCCGUCAAGUACGUCGCCAGCAGCAGGCAAAUGCUAGCGUUGGCUCAUUUAUCUGCCCAAUGUUAUCAGUCGAUUAAGUACAAUUGCAACUAUGCCCCGUUGAAGUUGAAUGAUGUUACAUACGCAUGGUGGAAUGAUAAAAAUGGAAACCCGCAAUACUUUUGGGCUGGCAACAAUAACCGCGUGCACAUCUGCCAGUGUGGGAUCGAUGGCAACUGCGUCGAUCCUGCCACUAAAUGCAACUGUGAUGCUGCGGCACCAAUCCAAUUAUCCGAUGAGGGUAUCGUGACGAAAAAAGAUGUUCUUCCAAUCACGAAGCUGAACUUUGGUCGCACCCAGUUGGAAACCUCGUCCGGUGUUCACACGUUGGGCCCGUUUGAGUGUACGGGACAGGUAGCUGUCAAUAGAAUGCCAUCCUCUUGCGAAGAUCUAUGGAAAACCGGACACACGUUGAGCGGAUUGUAUUCACUGAUGGGCGUCUCAAUGGUUGAGAGCGUGUACUGCGAUUUUUCAAAGCUCCCGCACGAGUCAGGUUUUCAGAAGUGGGUCGGAUUCGUAGACAUCAAAUCUUCUCCCACCUUCUUUUACGUAAGAAGAAAGGGUCGCUUUGACAAAUUAAAUACUCCCAUUCCUUUUGACCAUAUUAUGUUGAACGCGGAGGGGGCCAUGAAUUGGGCUACAGGAAUAUUUACUGCUCCUCGAACGGGUAAAUACUUUUUCAGCGCGUCUGGAAUGGCGGCAUAUCCAAAGGCUUCCUCUCGGCUAUAUUUAGACAUAAAUAUAUACAAAAAUGGUCAUUCAAUAGCGAUAGGUGGUUCUGAUUCUUACAGCUCCCACUGGACAGUAGAAUCAUUUACUCUGCAAGCGAUUUCUGAUUUGCAAAAAGGGGAUAGAAUUUGGUUGGCCAUUGGGGCAAAAGCAGGGAGCGGUUACAUUUAUGAAAAUGGCUUUUUUCAUUUGACUGGUUUCUUGUUAGAAGAAGCAGUUUCAGUUUCAUUAAGGGCCUCCAAUUGAAUGUUGUAAGGCAGUCCUCAAAACGAGUAGAGUGUCAACGCGAAACAGAAGCCAACUUAAUAAACGUGCUCUUAAACGAUA